UGAUCACAGGAGGAGGUUCUCGUCGUGUGUCCUCGUGAUGAAGAAGCAAACAAGAUGUGAUUUUCAGUAUUCUGUCAGUUGUUCCCGACUUUUUAUGAACUACGCAGCACAUUGAAGUACUACUGGUUCUUGCCAUUAUUUUUCAUGGCGUAGUAUUUACCAGUAUCCCGACCCAGGAUAUCGUCCUGUUUUUUUCAGAAAAAAAUGCUAUCUGGCGCUUCAUCCUCAAGUGCCCCUUCCCGGGUGCUGGCACGACGAACAGCGGAAGUGGCUCGACAACCCUCAAGAAGUAGCAACUACCGUGGUAGUUCAAGAAGUAGCAACUACCGGCAGCACCCUGACGAGAAUUUUUUCUCCCAGCCGGCGAAUCAUCUCCGCACUCGCCGGGUGGGCUCGUCUCUGCGAAAAUUUUCGACUUCAGUACAACUGCCCACCUCCUCGUGCGUUUCAAGCAGUAGCAGGGUUUUCUUCAGGAUGAACAGUCAACAUGCAGCUCGGAGGUUACUGACGCAAAGCAUGAGAGGACGCAGAGCCGUACGGUAUUUCAAUACUGCCCAAAGCAGCUACGGCAAGAGCAUCACCGGGAACGUCGGGACCGGCGCGAGAAUAUUCAAUGGGGCCAGACAACAUCACAACUCGCAUGUGGUGCGGAAUUUUCUAAAACUCACGAGUGGCGGAUUGUUUCUCUUGUUCCUAGGCAGCAACCUCGCAGCAGUAGCGGCGAAACAAAGUAAGGAGAGUGAGCUAGAUUCGCUGAAAAACUUGCGACGGGAGGUGAAGCAUGUGGAAGUGCCGUCGCCGUACAUACACUUGCUACUAUACUUAUCUUGUUUUUGCGCUGCUUGCAUUGCGCUAGAAUGUUUUAUUUUCUGAUGCGUUGUGAGAAGGAGAAGGCUUGAAUUUCAUUCGCCUUUUUGAGUUGAGUCACAUAAUUAAAAAUUGUCGAUUCUUUCAUGCGGCAUUUUCUUCUCCAAAAAAAAUCACAAACAGUUCCUUCUGGGCACUGGUGAGCCGAUAUCACACAGAAAAAAGCUGGCAGGUCAUCUUUGUAAUGCAAAAAUAAGCACACAAAAAAAACUGUGUUGCAUAUCCGAAACAGCAUGCUAUGGGGCCACCCAUGACAAAUUUUUCUGUGUAUUAUUUAUUUUUGCAUUACAAAUCUGACCUGCCAGCUUUUUUCUGUGGGAUAGCCGAUUUUUUUCGCUCACUUGGAUUUUUCUGCCCGCCGUCGUUUGGGCGCCUUACUGUCUGCUCUUCGCAACAAGUCACAGCGGAAAGAUGAUCGCGGACGAGCGCCUUGACAGGAGCGAUCGCCGGGAUGAAGAUGAACAAAUAGCGAAGGAACACCAGCUAGCUUCCAAAGAUCAAUAUCGUCAUGUUGAGCAGCGGACAAACAACAAGCUUUGGUGGUUCAAACUUCUGCGGGAGUCGUUGGAGCAGGCCUAUCAAAAGGGAAAAUCCCCCCUGCCCAUAUCACAACGAAAUUUCUGAUGCUGGAUUUGGAUACACAAAUCAAAUUUGUGUUGCAGUAGAGGAAUGCACGCAGAUCCUGAGCCGAAGCGGGGGCCUUUUGGUGUAGGCACCUAGCAUAGUAGACGGCUACCCUGUAGGCCAGACAGCAUUACAAAUCGCCUGCAUAACGUGGCGGACAGCCUGAGUGUGCCUGCUUGCAAGACGGACCCGCUUUGUGGCCACAAAUCAGCAACGCAAAUUUUUGGAAACAUGCCGCUUCGAUAGGGGGAGGGGGGGUUUUUCCUUUUGAUAAGGCCGGGCCGGUGUUCAUUAAGUGGGGGCAGUGGUCUAUGGAAGCGUCAGGUUUGAAAUCGACAAAAUCGAAAAAUUUGCGAUGCAGAAAAUGUAGAGCACUGAAGGCCUGUAUUGGGGAGCAGGCACAUGAGACCCAUUGUAAGCCUGUUUAUGCAUGGGUAUGCAAUGUGCUGCCAGCGUAGCAUGACAGGAGCGAUUUUCUUUGCCCAAACAGCAUGACAGACUGGAUUUGGGUGCUCCCGAAAUUUGUCAUGCGCCACCUGGAAACUGAGGCUCCAACUGACAUCGAUUUUGUGCAUCACAAAUUUUUCGACUUUGUCAAUUUCGAUUCUGACACUCCCAUAUGGUCGAGCACGCGCUACGACUUAUUUCCGCUAGAGCUGUGCGAGGAGCUCCAUCUUCUGACACAGAAGGCGCCCGCGCACAGUCCGGAAAAGACGCGAGAAAUUUUGGAAAGGAGUUUCGGAAAAGAAAUCUUUGACGUUUUGGUGUUAGACGAAGGCACAGGUAAUAGUUGCAACGGGGUUUCUCACGGAGCCUGCGCAAUAAGUACCACAGCCGGCAGCACCGCUCCACAAGCUUCUGGGGCCGCAAAAAUUCCCCUUCACCCGCUCGCCUCCGGGUCCAUCGGCCAAGUGUACCGUGCGCAACUGAGAAACCCAAACGACAAUGGAAAGAACACACGAGGGAGGAGCUUUUCGAAGAGUGGGUGGAUAUUCAGCACCAGUACAGCAACUUCUGCCGACAAUGGGGCAGAAGUUCAAGACUCUAGAAUUAAUGGUUCCGGGCGAGACCACCACAACAACUCCUGCUCGACAACAACAUCCCAACUCGAUAAACAGAACCUCCAAGAAGUGAUUAUCAAAGUGCAGCACCCGGAUCUAGAAACCGUGAUGAAAAAAGACUUCGCGUUGCUACUUACCUUCUGCUAUCCUGUGCAAAAGUAUCGUACUCGUAGUAAUCGCGAUUAUGCAUGACAAAUCUUUUUUUCAACGUAAAUCAGCAUGAGAAAUUCCAUUUGUCACGCUGAGCAAAUUUGUAAUGCGAUUGCUACUAGUACGAUGCUUUUGCAUUUCAUAUCUGCAGUUUCACCGACAGUAUUUUGACGAAAUGCAAUCUGACCUCGUUCCGCUGCACGCGCAUGAUGAACCAGUUUUACCACCACAUGCACGACCAGCUGGACUUUGAAAAGGAGGCAGCGAACUUGAAGAUCUUCAACAAAAACUUCAACCAAUGGCCACACAUUUCCUUCCCGAAACCGCGGUGCGCGACGAGAGAGGUCUUAAUCGAGUCCUUCGAGCCCGGGGCGAGCAUCUACGACUACAUUCGGAUGAAGCAGGAGAGGAACCUGAGCAUGAAAAACAACAACGGCGGCAGGAGCAAACAGCUGGUAGAGGAGCAACAGGUAGAAGGGGGUGUAAGGAAAAUAAGCAACGGGGACGAGGCGAGAACGAAUAGUACAACCACAAAACUACAGGCCGAAGCCAGAAGUACUAGUGUGGCCUCUUUAAUAAACCUCGCGACGAGCAGCGCGGAACCUGUUGAUGACCAGCUGCCAGACUUUGCGGAACACGAACAAGAUGACUACUGCACGAUGGGAACAAGAUGCGGGCAUGAAGUAGACCACUCUAGUACAACAGCCACUCACCUGACGUCGGGCUCGACAUCAGCAGGAGGAACAACGAUCAUGUCGAGGACAUCACACCGACAGUACGGUGCUGAAUCACCCUCAAGUAGAUCAAAAACAUCUGCGUGUAGUUUAUCUGCUUCCACCUCGUCCUCUCACAGCGGCACUUCAUCUCACGAACUACCUCCGACCGGCAAUAAAGCUGCCAAAGCCGGCAACAAUUUUUUGCACAAUCUCUUUCCAAACCUGUUCCGCGCGACUUCGCCGUUCGUACUGGCGGAAGAGACGUCCGUCUCCGUGCGGAAUUUUAUCAGAAGAGGAUUCGAACUGGACAGGACGUGCAGCGACAGUAGUAGCGGUGAGAAAACAAGCAGCGAAAGUGGGAAGGACGAUGAGUCCGCUGCUCACGAUAAUGAGAACCGUAUAACUAGAAGUAAGCGACAUGCUCUUGACCACGCUAUUUCUACCGGCGGGGGCGGCGCAGCAGUUGUCAACCAAGGCACCAAAGUAGAGUCUGGUUUCAUUAGUACACCCUCAUCAACAUCAUCACCAACAAGCGGAACAAGUAGAACAAAAGCUGUAACUACUUAUGACCAAUCUUCCGAGGUGGACUCCAACCUGGUGAAACUCGACUCCCCCUCUCUGCAGAAGCUCGGGUCCCUCGGCCUCCUCGCCUUGCUGAAGAUGAUUAUUUGCGACAAUUUCAUCCACGCGGACCUCCAUCCCGGGAACAUUUUGGUGCGGAAAAGUUCGCUGCCGCCGAAGAAGCACUUGUUUUCCCGAACGAAAGCCCUACUGUACAGCUACGUUUUGAACGUGGGGAGCUACGAGGAAGUUCCCGAGCUCGUGAUUCUCGACGCGGGCUUGUCGGCCUGCAUCGAGCCCAAGAAGCAGGAGUUUGUGUCCGCGUUUUUCCAGGCCAUCGCGACCUACGACGGGAGAAAGUUGGGGGAGGCGAUUGUGGCGCUCAGCAGUCUACAGGGAGGGAGUGAUGGUGAUCAAGCGGGGCGGGAAGAUAGUCGUGGUGGUUUCGAUACUACUAGGAGUGGUGCUGGUGGUGGUGCACUAUCUUCAAGAACAUCAUUUUCUACUUCUUCCUCGACAUCUUCUUCUCUAUUUUCGCAAAACAAAUCUGACACAGCGUCCGCGUUGUCAACAUCAUCAUCAUUUCAAGACAAAGACUUCGGUGACUGUUUUAUCGCGGAAAUGGAAGAAAAAUCCAAGAACUGGCAGCGGGUCCGCAACAACCCGCAACUGUACCAGAAUUGCCGUGCGGGCGACGUGAUAAAGGAGACGUUGGAUUGUUGUCGGAAGCACUCGAUCGAGCUGCACCCAACCGUUCUGAUCGCCUCCGUGUCUGCCUUGACGUUAGAGGGCUGGCAGCGGGAACUGGACCCCUCGAUCUGCGUCAUGGACCACAUUGAGGUGAUUCUGCGGCGGCAAAAAUUGUUCAACGAUCUGAAGGGCGAGGUAAAGUUCCGGAAUCUCGACCAAAUCGCCCACGGAGUAGACUACUGCCAGCUCGUCGAAGGGGUGUGAGUAGAGCAGCCGGCGGGGAGGAGGUGUCGGACUGGCUGAUGUGUCCUGCUGAUGUCGUCCCCGGUGAGAUGCCCGGAGGGUGGUCGUUCAGGAUUUCUUGGUGCUCCUAUUUUUAAAGACUACACAUAAAGACGCGACUAGGUACAAUUUACAUAACUUGGGAGUUGUAGUGCAGCCCUCGACGGCGGCGCUACAAGGUUGAGGACUUUUGAUACGAAUAUAAACUGUAGUUCUUAAGUAGACGUAGACCUCCUGACAUGAUACUAUACAAGUGUACAAAAUUCUUAGCGACAUCAACGGUCCUGGUGAAGUUCUAAUUUUCCUUUGCAGCCGCUGCGUCAGGCGUAGCAAGAAAGACUACGACGCGGCUGAACGCUGAAAAGACCGGGGAAGUAUAUUUAUGUGCAGACGACUGAGUUCUUUGAUGCAAAAUUAGCUGCUGCCUGAAUACUGAACCAAACAAGCGACAUUCAAUGGUGGCUAUUUUCCGCGACCCGAAAGCGACAUUGGAAUUACUGCUGUACAAAGACGGCCACAAUAAACUAAGACGAUUUACUCGCAACCACAUCAACGAACAGAAAAAGACUUGCUGCGAAUGUGCCAGCUCGAAUUCAUUUUAACUACUUAACAGAAGGCGCAAGGAGAAAGAUAUAUGAAUAUGGUGUUCAUCGGUCAGACCGGGAGGAUAAGCGCGCAGUCGGGCUAAAAA